CAUGCCUCUGUAAGAUUCCUUGGCGAAGGGCUCCAGCGAAUGGGAAACCAGUUCCUGAGCUCUCUAGAGGUCAUGACCUCCUGCUCCCAGUGCCCUACAGUCCUACUUGAUGCUGAAACUCUGGUUUCCUGUGGACUCUUGGAGACUCUGAAGUUCAGUGUGUUGGAGUUACAAGAACAUCUGGACACUUACAACAGCAAGAGAGAAGCAGCUGAACAGUGGUUGGAUAAUUGCAGAAAGACCUUCGGUGAUAAAGACAGUAACCAGCGACCCAACACUCAAGCUCAGCAAAUGGAAAUGCUAGCAGAGCUGGAGUUGUGUCGAAGGCUGUAUAAGCUACAUUUCCAGCUCCUGCUGCUCUUUCAGGCCUACUGCAAACUCGUCAGCAGAGUGGACACCAUCAAGAGAGAGGCAGAGGUGACUAACAUGUCAGAGGAGCUGGCUAUAUUAGAGAGCUGUCUGAAGGAGGCGGAGUCAGUGGGUGAUGGACAGCAGGGAGUGGGCGAGUUUGAAGUAGACCAGUCAAGCACCGAGACAGCCAUCCACUCACUCAUCGAGAGCCUUAGAGCACGGGACUUCAGCACAGCCAUCGCUCAAGUUAAAGCCUUCAGGUGCCUGUGGCCUAAUGAUAUAUUUGGCAAUGAGAGGGAUGAUGCAGUGCAGACGCUGCUGCACAUUUACUUCAGACACCAGACUCUGGGUCAGACGGGUUGUUUGGCCGUGGUGGGCCCCAGCAGGGAUCUUUCUCAGGCCAGUGCACGCCUCAUGGAGCUCAACCUUCAGAUCCGCGAAGCUCUCUGCCAGGCUGCCACACACCCGCACACCCACCAGACGCACAUCCUGUCCCCGACCCCCACGGCCCACAUCCAGACGCAAAUCGACACGCAAAACACAGUCCUCAGCACUGAACUGUGAGAACUUCACGAACUCGACUCUCUUCCUCUGGGGCGGUGGGUUUGGAGAUUUUUCAUGUAGACUUCACCUCAAAGGGCUAAAGAAUGUGUGGAUAUUAGUUACUCAAAACUAUUAUGCACGUACCAUGUUUUUCCUUCCCCCUUUCCCCAGUAGUUUAACUUCUCCAGGUGUCAGAAAAAGUACGAAGAACAAGACUGGUCAAGAACCAUCAGGAGGGACACUGGGCGAUAAUGAUGCUAAAUUUGAAGCUUUUUGGCGGAAUGACCUAUGACCUCUAGGCGGUGUCCUUUUAGAGUGAUCCGCAUCUGUCUGCCUCACUGUGCACUGGGGCAGAGAUGGGAUUUGGAGCAUUAUUGUGAGAAUCUAGAGUAUCGCGGUGGAUCAGCGAGACUGUCGCAUCGUGGAUCGCAAAAAGCAUGCUUGAAAGAGAAGCCUGCAACAAAUAUUUUUUUGAGAAAUGUAUUUUUUAACAGUCUUAGGUUGUAAAUGUUAGGAUAUUUAACAUGUAAUUGUAAGCUGGAGGGCUGUACCCUCCAUAUAAAGAUAGGUUUAUCUGUUUAACUUUAUUGCCCUGCAUCAGAGAGAACUUUCAGCUUUCACUGGGCCGCUCUUACAAAACCCUUAAUCUAUAACCAAAUAAGUAGCUGCCUGUAGGAAACCAUAGACUCGUGUGUGUGUGUGCGUGCGUGAGGACGAGUGCGAGCGCUUGAGUGCUAGUGCGUUUGACACGGACUGAUAUUUGCACACCCGUUCUCUCAUACAUGCACGUUAACAAACCGAGAUGCACAGGUGAAGUGCGAACUGGCUGCAACUCAUGGAAAUAUCAAUAACUUAUUUUACUCUGUAUAUAUUUUAGAAAAUGUAUAGUGUAAAAGCAGUAUUUUUCCUUGUACAUUUGUGUGAUGCACUGUUCAAUCAGAGAGAGCUCAGUAGAGGGUAACAACUAAUGCAAAAAAAUAAAAAUAGCGAGUUGAAUAGCUGUUGGGAUGUAUGUAAUUCACAGGCUGCCCUCACCUUUAUGAUAAUACGCCACCUUAAUCUUCAAUAUUUCCUGACGAACCAGCUCAGCUUCUCGGCUGAGUUUUGCCAUAUGCAUUCCUUGAUACCCACUGUGAUCUCCAUGUUGGCUCAAAGUCCCCCACUGAGGCCCCGCUGUCGCCCUGCUGAGGGAAACUGGGGCUAGUGUUUGUCCAUGUUGGCUCUGUCUUAACCCUAGACUCAGGGCUGCACUGAGGGUUUGUGGGCUCUGCAACUUAAGGCACUGCGCUUCACUUGCCGAACUCCAAAAGACAAAGCAGUGUCCUGAAAACAUUAACCGCAAACAUGGGAGGGGGUGUAUGUUAAAUCUGUCGUGGCACAUUGAGAAAUAAAAUGUUCACUGUAUUCAUUGCUCUGGGAGAUCUCGUCUGUUGCUUGUUUGGUACAUUUUGAAUGCUGAUCUUAAUUAUUUAAUGGAUAUAUUAUUUACCUGGAAAAAUAUAGUUUUUAUCUAGAGGUGUAUUAUCUCAUUUUUCUUCCCCUUUUCUUUAUCCCCCUUUCACAUUUUUCUCUGGUUUGUCUUUGUCAUCUGAUUUAUCUGCUUUUCCCUGUACUGUUAAAUAAAAACCUGAUUAUAAGCAA